AUGGCGCAUCAGAGAUACGCAACCACGGUUCCAGAUGUGGAGAGGAAUGAUGGGCAAUCACGAUCUGGGAGCUCCACGGCCUCGUGGUGGUUGCUCCUGCAUCAAGGCAAGAGCUUCAGCGACGGCACAGCGGCUGGCAAUGGCUUCAAGGCACAUCCAUCCCAGGCGAGCAUCAGCAGCUCCUGCGAGCCCGUCACCCCCAGUCACGAGAAAGGCUCGACUCCAUCGCUCGCUGCCUCCCUUUGCUCUGCCUCAACGUCAUUCGCUGGCCAGCAAUCGCAUCCCAUGAGCGUCUCCCUCUCCGAUGGCCCCGGUCCUCCUUCACCUGCAUCUGCCCUCGCCAAUGACACGGCAGCUCGACGCCCUCACACAGACUCCGGGUUCAAAUCCUUUGCCUCUCUUGGGUAG